AUGACGGACAGUCGACGCGUGUUUGUACAGCUUGCUCUUAUGAAAGGAUCACAGGUUGAGGUAAAUGCACCUGUCAUGGCCUUUGUUCUACCCACAGAUUCAUGGCUUUCGGUUGUUAACGAAUUUCUCAUGAGCUGCAAUGAUGACGAGAUGGAGGUAGCACAGCGGCCGCUGGGAUUAUUGGAAGGCUGCGUCGUACUACAUGCAUCAUCAUUAAACCAGAUUAUUGAGCCAAUGGCGUGUGAGGAUGGCAAACAGUAUAUUUUGUGUACAAGCGCAGACGAUGCGGUGCUGUUACAGAAACAAAGGUUCGGGGACAGUAGUGCAAGCAGUAUCACUGGAAGUUGUAAGACCAACGCGUUAGCCCGUGAAAGUAUCGCCUUUACGGAUCAACUUGAGUCCUUGGAGGAGUUAGACUAUUAUUUUGAUGAUCAUGGUACACUACGUCAUUGUCGUACGAAUCAGGCUGUGUACGAAUUAAUGAGUGACGAGCGAAGAGCAGGCGAGUUGGACGACAUUGUGAAAGCUGCAAUCUUUCAUAUUCAAAUGGAAAUGCUGGCGGAGCUUGCAUUCAAGCAAGCUUGUGUGCCACUCGAUCCACAGCCAGAUGAGCCGAAAGAGGCUCGCUCGAGUGUGUUUCUUACAUCAGAUUGGCGUACCAAUACAGACUUAUUGGUGGUCGUCAAUGGUGGCCGUGGUGCACAACCUGGUAUCUGGAGUCGGGACUUGCUUAUUCAAGAGGGUUUGGAACUAGGAUCCAUGCUACCGGUGAUGCGCCGUGCUGCUACGUGCAACUUUGCAGUAGCUGUGCUUAACCCCUCGACGAACAAUGUGACUAUCGGAAACGAGACAUUUCCGAUUCGCGGAAACUCAUCGCCGGAUGAGCACAUUCUAUACGUGUGGGAUAAUAUCAUUUCGCGUGCGCAGGCUCGCAACGUGUAUGUAUUGGCGUACUCCUUCGGCGCAAGGUCUGUGCUGACACUGAUCCACCAACGUGAAGAACUGGUUGUCAAGCGCGUGAAUGCGCUUGUAUUUGCCGAGGGUGCGUAUCACAUGGACCCGUCGACCACAACUCCAUCUGUUGUUCAGUUCCUAAAGCAACGUGCUAUUAAUUUCAAGGGUGACGCGCAGAUCCCCGUCGGCGGGCACAUUCCUGCAGAAGAGGAAAAACUCCUGUGCAGUUGUUUAUCUGUCGGGAAUCUCACAGCGCCAGCUCCAUCAGCUGACGGUAGGGCGUCACCGGCUGGAGCUUCUGCAUCUGCGCUGUCCAAGCGCAGUAGUAGCAACAAGGCUCGCACGAUCAGUCUUUCAUUGGAAACGACUUUCACAUAUUUUGUAGCAGCGCGCGACCGUGGCUGCAGUGCAGCACAGUUUAUAUCUGAGUCCGAAGCCAAGACACGGACAUGGCUUGGAAACGUCAUAAGGCAUCGUUUGGACUCACUGAAGCCUCGGAAACAGAGCCGUCGCCUCAGCAGUACGAUGGGGGCCAAUGCGAGCGAAUCCCCGCAUCACCGGAAAACAGCUCGCCGGUCAUCUUCGGACACUGAUGCAAGUACAUCGGCAAUGCGCGCAUCGAUUGAUGAGCUAGACGUGGGUAAUUUUGAUGCCGAGUUUACAUCAGAGCCUGUUGUUGACAGUGUGUAUAGAACUAGGAAAGUAAGCAAAGCAUCAGACGUACCUGAAAAAAAGGGUCACGAGAGACGCAGACUAGUCGAUUUUACUGCUCAUCAAGAAGGUGUUGGCUGUUGGUAA